GGCUACACUCUGAAACUAUCCGUCCUUGGUGGGGCACUGUAACAGAGAGAGAGAGAAAGAUGGCCCACACAGACAGCCGAAGUUCAACUUUCCCUGAGAUAGUGGAGCUAAACGUGGGGGGGCAGGUGUAUGUGACCCGACUUGAAACCCUCACGGCGGUGCCCAACUCUCUCCUGUGGACCAAGUUCACCCAGAGCUCCCCUGGCGACCUGCCCACAGACAGCAAGGGCCGCUUCUUCUUCGACCGGGACGGCUUUCUGUUCCGCUACAUUUUGGAUUACUUACGGGACUCUGAGCUUUUCCUGCCCGAGUUUUUCAAAGAGAGGAGGAGGCUGCAGAAAGAAGCGGACUUCUUCCAGCUGCCGGAGCUGUCGAGGCGCCUCGCAGCGGCCAGCUCGUGCGCGGAGGACAGCGGAGACCCGGAGGAGGCUGAGCUCACCAGCCCGGUCACCACCACCUCCUCCUCCUCCUCGUCCUCGGACAGGACCCUGCGCUCUCCUGGGACCGACUCCGGCUACAUCACCAUCGGGUACAGAGGCAGCUACACUAUCGGGAGAGACAUCCAGGCGGACGCUAAAUUCCGCAGGGUUGCCAGGAUAACCGUCUGCAGCAAGAUCUCGCUGGCUAAAGAGGUUUUUGGAGACACCCUGAAUGAGAGCCGCGACCCGGACCGCCCGCCUGACAAAUACACCGCUAGGUAUUACCUCAAGUAUAACUUUUUGGAGCAGGCGUUUGACCGGCUGGCCGAAGCGGGCUUCCACAUGGUGGCCUGCAACUCCACCGGGACCUGCUCGUACGCCAGCAACGACGGGGGGGAGGAUAAACUGUGGACCAGUUACACCGAGUAUGUUUUCGCCCGAUGAACGGACUGAGAACUAUGAAGGGUGCAGUCACGCUCGCGACUUAUUUCAACUAAUUCUAGGAGCCAUUAUCAGCUACAAUAGUUCUUACAUUGAUUAACGCCCCCAAACUGGCAGGUUCAGACUCGCCUGGUUUCAGUGUAAAGUGUGUGUUUUUUGUCACUCUGCUCUGUGUAAGUGGGAUCAUCAGCCAGCAUUAAACUUUUCUGCCAUUUCCCCUGUUUUGCAAUUGACUACUCCAUAUUGAAGCAUAGGCUACAUUUCAUUGGUUGGUGAGGAGUUAAGACAGAGAUGACUCUUUUGAUAUAAAUGCCCUCAGCUGUGCUAUUUUUAUGGCUUUCACACAGACUGGCUUGUUGUUAAAGCUGAGGUAAGCAACUUCGAGGAACCGGAAGAGUUCAGCUAUAUUUUUUAUCCAACCGAGAGACAAAAAAAAAAAAAAAACACCCCUCCCUCUUAAGCCACUCCCCGAAAACACAACACAGGUACGCAGGUAGGCAGUUAGACAUGCAGGCUGGUCAGCCAACCAUGAUUGGUCCUUCCUAUGACAGUCCUGUGACAGCUACCGAUACCUGAUGUUUUUCCAUUUGUGUGUAAGGGAAUUUGAUGUAUUGAUGGCUCUCUGUAUGUAAAGAGAAUUCCAACAGGUAAAUAAAUUGCCUACCCCAGCUUUAAGUAACAUAUUACUGAGGGUGGCAGAAAUGUUAGGAGCUGAUCCUUACUGAACUGUGCUUGCAUUGUCAUGUUAUUGUAGAGAGGCUACUGAUGUUCUGAACACAUUAACUAGGACAGGUGUUCUGUAUAUAGCCUUUUGUUUGGUCUGGUUUCCACCCACAGCUCCUCCUGUAUUAUCCUUAUAACUCUUAAGUGUUUCAUUGUGGGGGAUUGGAGUACAAGUGAGACAGUUAGUUGCUUCAUUGGUGUUAUACCUUUAUUAAUUAUUUGUUGAAUUUGAUUAUAUCGAGCACACAGGCAGUAUCACUGUUUUUGAGAUUUGGAUUUGGGACUUUUUCCACAAUGCUACAAUGUUAUGUUCCAUCUAUGAGCAAAUGUCAUUGUUUUCUCUUGAGAUAUCAAGCUACAGCAAAUAAAGUGUGACACUGUAACACUA